GAUAAUAAAAACAAAAUCAUAAAAUAUUUAUAAUCAAAAACAUGAAGUGAUGCUGUUGCCCAUUCAAUUCGGAACCAAAUAACAAAUCAUAAAACAAGUUAGCCGACAUUUAAUCAACAAGUCUCACGCAUGCGAUCGUGUUUAGUUCCUUGCGUGUGUGUUUCCGCUGCUGCAACAACUGUUUGGAUGUAUGCUUGUAAAUCUUUUAAAAUUAAUUAAAGCAAAAAUUUAGAGUGUGCAUGAGAAAUUGAAAAAGAAAGGAAUUUUUAAAAAUGAAAAAAAAAACAUUGAAAAUAAAUAAUGAUAUUUGGUGCAAAUUGAAAACUAGAAUUAAGUGAAUUUUUAGUGCAGAAAACAACAAGAAGCUAUCGGUUUUUCUCUCAAUGAUUCAAAGCAAGAAAAACGCUUUUGAUUUUUAACUGUUGUGCAGCAUGCUGAAAGUGAAUACAUAUGUAAACUUACAUCUUCUACGCAUACAUACAUACAUACGUACAUAGAGUGGUGCAUGCAACUACUCAUACGAGUGCAUAUGUACAGUUAAAACGAGGAAGACGUGAACAGGUGCGCGAGUGAGAGUGAAAAACCACCGUCCAUUGCGGAACUUUGAGGUUAGUAUCUGCGCUUUCGCACAAAAACAACGAAGAAAUAAGAUAAAUACCUAAAAAAAUAAACUACGCGAAGUUAUCUGCACGCGAAUAUUUUGUAUUGAAUGAUUGUUGGUGUACUCCACCAGCACCAGCACCAGCAGAACAACGGUGGUGAAUAGCUAACAGCAUCUCCAUCAAUACCGGGAGCAUAAUAAUAAAGACGUAAGAAACAAAAAAGAAAAACACAUACAUACAUACAUACAAACAGCAACAACAUGGAUACCACAUCGACCAGCACCGCCGAUACGGCCAACAGCAGCGGCGAUAGCAGCAGCUCAGAUGCCAAUUUAUCGUUUAGUUUCGUACGGGGUUCCGAUCCGCGUGCGGCCACAUGUCGAGGCAAGUUGCAGAGUCGUCGCUGCAAAUUAAAUCAGGAAAUCAAUAAGGAGCUGCGACUGCGCGCUGGUGCUGAAAACCUUUUCAAAGCCACAACAAAUCGCAAGCUGCGCGACACAGUCGCCUUAGAACUGAGUUUCGUCAAUUCGAAUUUGCAGUUACUGAAAGAGCAAUUGGCUGAAUUGAAUUCAUCCGUGGAAAUCUAUCAGAACGAUAGCACAGGCGUACCCUCCUGUCAGCGUACGAUUGCUUUCGAGAAGGCCUGCACCCUCUUCAAUUUGGGCGCCAUCUACACACAAAUCGGUGCACGCCACGAUCGCACCACUGAAAAAGGCUUGGAUGCAGCAGUGGAUAGUUUUCUGCGUGCCGCCGGCAUAUUUCGACACAUCUACGACACAUUCACCAACGCCCCCUCCAUGGAUCUGAAGCCACAGGUGCUAGAUGUACUGGUCUCGUUAAUGUUGUCACAAGCGCGUGAAUGUCUCUUCGAGAAGUUGCAGCUGCAAAUUGAGGCGCUUGGCCUCACCGAAUCCAGUCAUCUUUUCAAAGACUUGGCGGGCGAAGCAGCACAACUGACGCUCGAAUACAAUGAAAUGCACAAAAAUAUACAAAUGAAUGACACGCACACAUACUUGCCGGAGUGUUGGGCCGGGCUGGUGCCGCUCAAAGCUGAAUUCUAUAAAGCACUUGCCCACCACUACGAAGCAUGCAGUCUUGACAUCACCGCCGACAAAACAUCACUCAGCACAAGGAAGACGCAAGCCGCCUCACAUGGCGGUACCGCCAACGAGUCAUUUAUUGGUAAUGCGCGGGAGGCAUUACGCGCUGCUGCCGCUGCCAUUGAGGAGAGCGAGGAAGAUGCAGCCAGUGCGACAGCACUGAAACGCGCCCAUCUGAAGGAAGCGCUCGCUAGUCAUGAAGAAACGCAACGCCUGCAGCGCAUGUGCCGAUUUUUGAAGAACAAACUAAGUCUGACGCAGGUCUUAAAGGAGGCCCACUAUAAAACGCAAGACGAGUACGAGAAAUUUCUUGAAGAAACGCCAGCAAACGAUAUCCAGGAUGAUUUCCAUGUGAUAGAUGUUAUCACAGAGGCCUGUUCAAAGUUCACACUUUCGCUAACAGGCCCCGAUUUUACGUCGCACAAAGUUGAGGAUCCCUUCAAACGCCUUGGACCCAUUGCGAUUUUCUCAGCGCGUCGUCACUGGACCGCGCCACGGUGUGUACGCCUGCAGAAAGGUUCGUCCAUAUAUCAUGAGAAUGCAUCCACACAUUAUCGUUGCCACUGUCCGACACCAAACGAAGGUCAUGAAGUUGGCUGCAGUCAAUAUAAAGAGGAAUUAGAAAGUUUUGGGUUUCAUGUGCGCGGCGAUGCGCCGGUAAUUAUCGCGCAUGUGGAAAUCAAUUCGCUGGCUGAUCUGGGCGGCAUUAAAGAGGGCGAUUUCAUUGUGGAAAUUGCUGGCAUGGACGUGAAAUGGUAUUCACAUCAGCAGGUCGUCCGUCUAAUACAAUCCUGUGGCAGCACAUUAGAAUUAAAAGUCAUUACACCUAUGGAUAGGAAUUACCUGAAGCCCCUAUCGUCGAAAGGCUCUAUUUCCACGCUAUCUGCGGCCAGUUCGUCUGGCGUCUCGUCAGGUUCAUCCAGCCCUACUGGCACAACAACAAAACCAAAACCACGCUUCAAAACUACAUCACCAAAAAGUCGUCUUGGUAGUCUAUCAUCGAGCUCUUGGAAUCCCUUUCGACGUACGCCAAGUCUGGCGAAAAUAUUCUAAAACACAUUCGCGUACAGUGCACUGCAACAAAAUAGAACAACAAUAAAAUACAAAAUACAAAAAUUCCAUUGGUGGCCAUUUUGUGCGUUUGGCGAAAUAACCAGCCGCAUGCACUUUCAAUUUUUCAAUUACUUAAUAUAAAUAUUUAUGUAUAUAAUUAGAGUAUGUACAAUGUAUGUAUGUAAUUUUGUUUAGAAAUAUGUUUGUAACUUUAUAUCUUUGAUUUUCUUUUAUUUUGAAAAAGAAAACAAAAGAUUUUUGAGUUGGUGUUUUUUUGUUUGCAAUGAUAUAGUUUUUCCAUAUUUCGGUUUGUCUCCAUGCUGCUAUAAUUUCGUUUAUUUUCUGGGUUAUGGAAAAUAUUUGUUAAUUGUAAAUUAUAUGCAAAAGAUAUAUGUAUGUAUAUUGAAAGUUUUUUUUAAUAUUCUUAUUUUUUAUAUACACACAUAUUGUGCUUUAAGUUGUAUGUGUAUUGACGUUUUUAAACGAAAGAAAAUUAGUGUUAAGACAGAGUGCUUCCUUCCGCAGUAAAAAUAGCAGACAUUUUCAAAAAUUAACAAGUAAUUUUUUAGCAAAAAACAAAACCGACUUCAAUUCUCAUACAAAAA